AUGGCAUUCAGUCGAAAUAUCUUAUUGAAACUUGCAUCAACAUCAACAAAAUCUAAUUUAAUUACACAAAAACGUUUUUAUUUAUUACUUCAUGAAUAUGUUUCAAUGGGAUUACUUGAACAAGCAGGUAUUCGAGUACCAAAAUAUCGUGUAGCCGAAUCAGUUGAUCAAGUUUAUCAAAUUGCGUCAAGUCAUGAACUUAGUACUGAUCUUGUAAUGAAAGCUCAGGUUCUUGCUGGUGGUCGAGGUAAAGGUGUAUUUGAUAGUGGACUUAAAGGUGGUGUUAAAAUGAUUUUUUCACCUGAUGAAGCAAAACAAGUAGCAUCAAAAAUGCUUGGUCAUCGUUUAUAUACGAAACAAACUGGUCGAGAAGGAAAACCUGUUACAAAAUUAAUUAUGUGUGAAAAAUUAUUUACUCGACGUGAAUAUUAUUUUGCAUUGGCAUUAGAACGACGUUUCGAUGGUCCUGUUAUUAUUACAUCAACUCAAGGUGGUACUGAUAUUGAAGCCAUAGCUGCUGAACAUCCAGAAGCAAUUAUUCGUCAUCCAAUUGAUAUUGUACAAGGUCUUCAACGCAACGAUGCAUUGGCUAUUGCUAAAAUUCUUCAAUUUCGUAAUGACGCUCUUGAAGAGGCAGCUGAUAUAAUGUUGAAAUUAUACAAUUUAUUUAUCACUCACGAUAUUGUUUUAUUAGAAAUCAAUCCAUUAACGGAAGCAGCUGAUGGAAAAGUAUAUUGUAUGGAUUGUAAGAUUAAUGUGGAUGAUAAUUCUGAAUAUCGACAAAAUGCUAUAUUCAAUGAAAGAGAUAAUACACAAAGUGAUUGGCGUGAUGUUAAAGCACAAGAAUCAAAUAUAAAUUAUAUUGGUCUUGAUGGUGAAAUAGGAUGUCUUGUUAAUGGAGCUGGUUUAGCAAUGGCUACUAUGGAUAUUAUUAAAUUACAUGGUGGUAGUCCAGCUAAUUUUCUUGAUGUUGGUGGUGGUGCAUCAGCUUCACAAGUUAAAAAUGCAUUUGAAUUAAUUACAGCUGAUCCUAGAGUUCAAGCUGUAUUUGUUAAUAUAUUUGGAGGUAUUAUGAGAUGUGAUGUUAUUGCACAAGGUAUUGUUGCAGCUGCAAAAGAACUUAAAUUAACUAUUCCCAUAGUUGUACGAUUACAAGGUACACGAGUUGAUGAUGCAAAAGCAAUUAUUGCAAAUAGUCAAUGUAGAAUUCUUGCUUGUGAUGAUUUGGAUGAUGGAGCUCGAUUGGUAGUUAAACUCGCUCAUAUUGUUGGUUUGGCUCGAUCAGCUUCAAUAGCUGUUCAAUUUGAAUUACCGAUUUAA